AUGUUGGAACCUUCAGAAGCAAGUUCUCCUGAUCAUGCGAAAGUCCAAUCGAAUCCCCUUUCAUUUCUCUCACGCUACAGCUCAAAGACGGACUUCUUGACCUAUGUUCUGCUUUACCUGGUGAAGAUGCCUUUCCCACCUGUAACCCGACCGCAGGGUCUUCCCAGCUCCGGAAAAGAGAAACCACCAGUUCCCUCAUCCGUUCUUCAGGUCAAGAUUGUGGAGGAGAAGAGUUACGUAAGGGAACGCCAAAAGAAGUUGAGCAAGAAAGCCACGCCGCACAAAAGCAAACUGCCCACCAGUCGAGCCACUGCCGGCUUGAGGUUGGAAGGUAAGAGCGCCUGGAUUACGUCUCCAAGACCUGCUGAUCCUUCGAGCACCUCGACUGCCAUGUCCUCUAAAAGUAGUUCAGGCAUUAGCGUCUCUCCAACCAACUCUCAAGAUGCAACGGCCUCCUCCAGCAAACAAAUGUUUCCUGCAAACCAAAAUCUUCCACAGGCCUCUUCAAGAUGUUCAGGAUCAGGCAGUGGACAGAAUAACAGUGAAGCUAUGAACUCAGUCAGCCUGACUCCUGAGGCCACCUUGCUCCUUCAGAAACGCAGCCGUGAGAAGCAGCUCCGUGCCAUCCGCAGUGGCGCCGCACAUCAACGCAAAGACCCCUUUGACAAGUCAGGUUCUCGAUCCAACAUCCCUAUCAUGAAGAUUUCUCUUCUUAACGACCGUCACAGAUACGAUGAUGUGGAAUAUGAGGAAGAGGUGGAACAGCGUGUAGUUCAGAACACACUGCUAAAAUGUUCUGAAUGGCUGCGUGGGGUGGAGAAUGCUGCGGGAGCGACAACGCUGGGAAGGGGGGCAAAAAUUUGCCAGAAGACCGUCUAA